AUGGAUACGGCCAUGAAUACCGCAAUUGAUCUCUCUGAUGCUUCCAAGGCAUUGGAUCUGGCCAACAUUCGUUUCCAGCUCAUUCGUUUAGAGGAUACGAUCACCUUCCAUCUUAUCGAACGCGUCCAGUUCCCUCUCAACAAGACUAUCUACCAGCCCGGCGGGGUCAAAAUCCCCAAUAGCUCCCUCUCGCUGAUGGACUACCUUCUCCGAGAACAAGAGCGAAUCCAAUCUCGUGUCCGCCGCUACCAAUCCCCCGAUGAAUACCCCUUCUUCCCCGACGUCCUCGAGGAACCCGUCCUGCAGCCACUGCAGUAUCCCCGUAUCCUCCAUGCCAACAAUGUCAACGUGAACGCCACGAUCAAGCAGCGAUACAUCGAGGAGAUCCUCCCCGCGGUGUGCCCCCAGUUUGGGCAAGGAGACCGCGGCGAGGCCCAGGAGAACUACGGCUCCACGGCCACCUGCGAUGUGGCCUGCCUGCAGGCGCUAUCCCGCCGCAUCCACUUUGGCAAGUUUGUGGCAGAGUCCAAGUUCCAGAAAGACCCGGAGACCUUUGUCAAGCUGAUCAAGGCGGGAGACCGAGAUGGUAUUGAUGCCGCUAUCACGGAUACCAAGGUCGAGCAGAAGGUCUUGGAGCGGCUGGGCCUGAAGGCGAAGACGUAUGGCACUGACCCUGCGUUCCCCGCUGAGAAGGGGCAGAAGAUCAAUAGUGACGCCGUCAUUGCUAUUUACAAGGACUGUGUCAUUCCCCUGACCAAGGUUGUUGAGGUCGAGUACCUCAUGCAACGCUUAAAGGGCACUCAAUGGGAGUAA